AUCUCUUACUCUGUGGUCAAUGUCAAAUUGUAAACUCGAAAAUAUUUAUUUUUUGUUGUUUUUUACGUGUUUUCAUACAAUAAUUAUGAAAAUUUCAUUAAAUAAACAAGCAAACUACUACUUUUAAGGUGCGCAAGUCGCACGUUCAUGAGGGUUGUGUAGGAAUCCGGUAUUCUAUACUUUCAAGGCACAACUUUCUCACGCAAAAUGUUUGCUGUCGAGAAAAAGUUUGAAAUAGAAAUGAAGCUCGCGAAGGAGACGCAGAACGUGGCGGCGCUGGCGGCGGCGGCGGCGCGCGGCUCGGCGCUGGCGGCGGGCGUGUGCGGCGUGCUGGGCGCGGCGGAGGGCCGGCUGCAGCGCCUCGAGGCCGCCGUGCUGCCGCUGUACGGGGACACCGCGCGCCUGCAGCAGCUGCACCAGAACAUGGAGAAGACGGUGAGCUGCCUGGAACAUGUGAUCAGCUACUACCUGGUGGCGCGCGAGCUGGCAGACGUCGUGCAGGCCGGCCCGCACGCCGCCGAGCCCGACACGCUGCAGCCCUACCUAGAUGCACUGGACAAGCUGGCGGAGGCGCAGGCGUACUUCAACAAGAACAACCCCAACAGCGUGGAGCUCGAGAACGUCAACCAGCUGUACAACUUGGGCGUGGCAAAGCUGGAGAGUGCGUUCGAGGAGCUGCUGGCGAGACUCACGCGCGUGCCCGAGCCCGCCGCGCUGCUCGACAUGAUCGCGCUCGACGACGACUCGAGCGUGGAGUCAGUGAGCGUGGGCUCGUCGGGCGGCGGCGGCGGCGGGGGGGGCGGGGAGGCGCUGCGCGCGGCGGCGGCGUGGCUGGCGGCGGCGGGGCGCCCCCCCGCGCCCGCGCUGGUCGCCGUGCGCGCCCCCGCGCUUACCUCCGCGCUCAACAACCUGCGCGACUACCUGCGCACCAGCUGCAUGGCCGCCUCGCCGCUCAUGAGAACUAAAAACAUCUUGAACCGAUCGGAUAGCACCAAGAAGACCAACAAAAUUAGCAAAGCGCUGGAGAAGCGCGCCACCAAGAUCAUGUGGAAGGCGUCCCAGACGCUGGAGCAGUCCACGGGGCUGGCGCUGGGCCCGCGCCGCGCCGCCGCCGACGCAGACGUGUCUAUGGUAUCGGACGGGUCGUGGGCGGAGGCGCUGGGCGCGCUGGCGGCGGCGGCGGUGCGGCUGGCGCGCGCGGAGCAGCGCUUCCUGCUGGCGCUGCUGCCGCUGCCGCGCCUGCACGCCGCCGCGCGCCAGCUGCUCGCGCCCGCCUCCAACAUGCUGCUCAAUGAACUCAAUACGAUGUGCAUGCGGUGGCGGCGCGGCGUGGCUGCGGGCGCGGGCGGCGCGGCGGGCUGGUGGCUGCUGGCGCGCCUGUCCCGCCUGCGCCCGGACGUGGCCCGCCUGGCGCCCGAGCCGCCGCCGCCCGACGCGCCCUUCGCACAGCUCUACCCCGCCUGCCAGGCGCACUGCCUGAGCUCGCUGGAGCAGUUCCUGUGCGUGGUGCGCGCGGACGGCGGCGGCGGCGCGCGCGACGGCACCGUGCACCAGCUGGCGCCGCUCGCGCUGCACCACGUGGCCAUGCUCGCCGCGCAUCUCGACCAAGUCGGCGCGGCGCUGGCGACGGACCCGCAGUACGCGGCGGCGGCGGCGCAGCUCCCGCACGCGCCCUCCCCGCACCACGCGCUGCUCGCCGUCUACAUGCGCAAGGUGCUGGCGCAGCUGAACUCGUCGCUGCGAGCCAAGAGCGAGGCGUACGGGGACGCGCUGCGGGCCGUGUUCCUGCUCAACAACACCCUGUACCUGCUGCAGGGCCUGCAGCGCGAGGGGCUGGUGCCGCUGCUGGCGCUGGCGGAGCCGGACUGCGAGCGCAACCUGCAGGCGCUGGUCGACGACUACAAGCAGGCCUACCUCGACAGCUGGAACAAGCUGGUGGCGCACACGGUGCUGGAGGAGCCGCUGCCGGCGCGCCUGCGCGACAAGGACAGACAGAUGCUCAAGGACAAGCUCUCCGCGUUCAACCGCGAGCUGGAGGAGGCGACGCGCGCGCAGCGAGGAUACGCCGUGCCCGACGCGGAGCUGCGCGAGGCGCUGAAGCGAGGCAACAAGCAGGCGCUGCUGCCGCGGUACGAGGCGCUGCACGCCGCCGCCGCCGCCAGCGCCUUCUCCAAGCACCCCGACAAGUACCUCAAGUACACGCCGCAGGAGGUAGCUGCGCAACUGGACAGUUAUUUCGAUGAAGCGGCUUGAAUAAUUCUGAUACACGAAGUUGGAAUAACAGUUUAUUUAUUUGUAGCAUAUAAGUUAAAUGUAAUCUGUAUUUCACAACUAAGUAUAUUAUUUACCUAGUUACUUGUUACAAAUUAUAAUGAAAUAUAUUUUUAUUAAAUAUUACUGAGUACCUA